AUGUCGCAAAAUGACACGAUUGAGGAACAGACGCUACCAUUUUCUCAUUCAAAAACAUUCUUCCCCGUCAAGAUUGGUCAAACGUUCAAAGGUCGCUACCGAGUGAUUGCGAAGCUUGGCUAUGGCGCUUACUCUACCGUUUGGCUGGCGUGGGACGAGCGGGCGAAAGCAUACGCCUCCCUGAAGAUUUCUAUACAGGUCGACGAUGCUAAGACCUCGCCCGUCACCAACGAAGUCAACAUGCUCCGCCGCAUGGGGAAGAUUGCCGAAAUAGACCACCCGGGCCUGGAUUUUACACGUCUUGCAAAUGAUAUUUUCCAGAUUAGCCGCUCAUCUGGCCGCCAUUAUUGUAUUGUGUGCAAACCACAAGGCCCGACUGCCUUCGACUUACAGCAGUUAUUUUCUGAAGCGAAAAUGCCGAAGGUUAUGGUCAAAGGACUGAUACACUACUUGCUCUUUUCGCUGAAUUGGCUCCAUGUAAACUGUGGCGUUGCACACACAGAUAUUUCCCCCAAAAAUAUAUUGUUGGAAGCCGGCGAUGACAGUAUAUUCAGAGAUAUCGAGGACGAGGAGUCUCGUGACCCAAGCAUUCCAAUACUUUCGGGAGACGGAAACGCUGUUGUAUAUAGAUCUCGAAAUACUAGGUUGUCCCCACCUGGUAACCCGAUUCUCAUGGAUUUCGGCCAGACACGAUUAAUUGAAGGCCGCGUGAACCAGGACUGGUGGAUGUCCGACCUCUAUCGGGCUCCUGAGGUAUUACUGAAGCUUCCUUGGGCUUACCCGGUUGAUAUAUUCGCAACUGGGGUUAUGACACUUUACCUUAUGGAGGGCAAAAAUCUUUUUGAGCCGAUAGAUCAUGUCCACAACCAAUAUGUGCUCCCCCUAGCUUUGGCACAAUACAUCGGAUAUCUGGGCCCUCCUCCACUGGAAAUUAUUAAGCAAAGUCCCCUAUUCUCUGAGUAUUUUGAUUCCGAGGGAAAAUGGGUAUGCGAGGUGCCAAUACCUAAGAAUUCUUUAGAGGACUUUGUUACGACCUUUGAACCAGGGGAAGAAAAGGAUCAGUUUUUGCGCUUCAUACGAAAAAUGUUGACCUGGGAUCAGGAGGCGAGAGCAACAUCUAUCGAACUUAUAUCAGACGAGUGGCUUACAAGGCCAGUCGAUGAUAUCUGGCGCUGA